AUGGGAAAUGCUCGCGACUCUAACCCGCUGUCCCUAUGGCCUGCCUUCAGAAAGUAUCGGGGAGCUCGAAGCCCUGAGUACGAUGUGUGGGCGUACUCUGGGCUCGAAGAUGCCGUUUUGGAUGGGAGGCACAAUGUUAUAAUACGAGACAGAAGAUAUGACCGCGAUAUGCUUAUAAAAGAGUACGUUUGUGCUAUUCUUUUCUCCAAAAGACAAGGCCGCAACAACUGCCACGUCGUAUCCCCGGAUUGGGUUGAUAGAGAAGUGCCUCGCUAUCUCCAAAGCAUUGAGGGGCUGUUCAAAGACUUGCGAUGCUUCCAUAUGCUAUUUGACUCUGGAGAGCUCACCGAACCAGUUGAUGCUCUGUUCACAUCGAACGCUAUUCUGGUUGCUUUCCUAGAAGACAGAGUCCCAGACGCGAAGCCAAAUUACGCAUAUUGGGCAGUGCUUUUGGGACUUCAGCGGUCAAUCCCUGUCCGUAUCGAGGCGGUGGAUCUCUUCGUUUCGUCGCUAGGAGUAGACGGCCAAACUAGCGCUGUUCAUGAUCAUCGCGGCACUCCUCUGUCUGCUAAGGGAUCCCGCCAGGACCAUCCCUCUAUAGUACUGGAGAACAAAAGGAUUAUUCAUCAAUACGCUCGGGGGCUUCAAAGAACAACAUCAGCCUGUGUCAGCACGGUGACGGGCCGCUGGAAGCAAGACAGCCCCGGAAUUUACAGCAGUCUGAACCUCCCUAGGAGCGACUCAGAUUGCCUCCUAAUUGAACUGCAUACAAGUCUGAAUUUACACGAGACUGGCAACUUUCCAUAUCAAUCGAAGCUGUCAGGCUCUAUCACCGUGUCAUUUGCACACGACUGGUUCCAUACUCACCGCUGGAAAUGCACCACGAGACUAAGCUAUCCCAGCAGAUGGCAUCACAAUAGAGACGAGUAUUUCUUGACUACCUACGGAUUUCACUGCAGCGGAUGCAGAGAGGAGAAAAGCAACUGUGAUUGCGGCGAUUUCCGAGGUCUCAACGUACCGUUCCCAGCCACAAAAUUUGAUACCCUUUUGAAGUUGGCAGAGGACUAUGGAAACGCCGAGCUGGAACGAGAGGCAGGCAGGAUUGGGGCCAGGCCCAUGGGUAGGGUCCAUGAGACCGCGACGCUGCCAACUCUCCACGGCGCCAACAACUUUCUCCGGAAUAUUGCUAUGUACCAGGAACUGUGGUCAUUUGCACCAGGGUCUUCAGUCUGGAUUCGACAAGCUAUCAUAUUUUGGAGAUUUAAAAGCACGCCGCAGGGUCUACCCCAGCCUCUUCCAGCUUCGACUACCUGGAGAUGGCUUUCGAUCUAUGACCCAUUGUGGAAGGUACACGAAGAGAACAUAAUCAUAGAUCCAUAA